AACUUUAUUAUUCAACAUAGUCACGGCGAUGGCGUACAUAGUGUUACUAAUUUUGUAUAUCAACUCCGUUUUGUGCGACCCAGGGGAGCCUGUUGUGUUAGUCCCCUCGUUCGAUAUGAGAGCGGCUAACGGUGUGCCGGUUAUGGCGCAGUUUCCAGCUACACAUUUCGUUCCGCAUCCCGCGCACCUGCAGCCGAUACGGCCGCAAACGGAGAGGGAUCCAGAUCCUCAGAAUUUGACCUUCAACGACUUCAUUGAAGCGUUCAACGAAGUCUCCCAGGAUGAGGAGAGCCAGGAUGAUCAACUUCGAGCAGCGGGGCGCGACGAAGCAUACUCCUAUUCCCAUCCACCUUCGUUUCCUUAUCCAGCGAGUCCUGGGUACAAUCCUAUUCCUCCUUUAUACCACAAACCAGCGUACGCUCCUCCAGCUAAAGACUCCGCUCCCAAAAUCCCCAUUCUAAAACCAGGCUUAGUAGAUUUAGUGAAACCAGUGGCAAGUAAAGUGCAGAGUAAAGUGAACGGUCUUCUUGGUUUGGUCUUAGCGUUGUUAACAGGUUCAGUUCCUGAGGGUUUAGAAUUAAAAGGGAUUAAGGAGCUUCUUAUAAAUAGUAUACUCAAGCCAUUGUUGGCCGCGAAAAGUGGCAUUAAAUCUUUGAUAGGUAAAUUAGUGAUACCAGUAUUGGCUUUGUUGUUGAUUAAUGUUGAAGUGUUGGUAGUUGUGUGGUGGUUGUGGGACGAAUGUCCGUCGAAAAUCCCCACGUAUUCUUAUAAACCUGCAUCCGAAUAUGAUUCGUAUAAAUAAGCAACAUAAACCCAGUUAUUAGUUUAAGUAUUGUAAGUCCCAAUUGUAAAAACGUGUACUUUUACCAAUAUUUGACAAAAGAAAUGUAUUAAGAAACCAAUUUAUGUAAUAAUUGUCAUUCAUAAACUGUGUGGACGAAUUGUUAUUGAUUUAUUUUUAAGUAUUAGGUUCUUAAGACUGAAUGUGUGAAAUAUUCUUCGAUUAUUUUAGUAAUAAAUUUUAUUUAUUCA